UUUGCACCGUUUCCUUUUCAGAUUUAAGUGAAGUCCGGAAAGCUCUGUGUUUUGAAUUUAUUUACAAACAGACAUAUUUUAAUAUGAAGUUGUACGGUGUUGUAGUGAUCCUGAGUAUGUUUUAUUUACCUUUAGCAGACACACAGGAAGACUACUGGCCUGUUCACACUGCGUGCGACUCGAACACGAUCAAAGUGAUAUACAGCAGCUGCGACCCCGUACAGGAUGUAGGCUUCACGCUCAGCUCUUGUACAGACAUACGUACAAAGCCGUAUGCCAAAGCGUCCUUUCUCCUGAGGCAAUCCAUUGAUGAAUUUUAUCUGUCCGUGGAACUGUUUCUCAAUGGAGUUAGCACUUUGCGCCAUGAUGAGCCCAUCUGCUUACCCAAUUUCCCUCGGUUCACCUUCUGUGGCAGCAGGAGAGGAGAAAUGAUUACUAUUCAGGCGUCUUUGCCAGGGCUGAAGAUUCCCCUAAAGGGUCACUACAACUUUAAAAUACAUGGUAUAAACCAAAAUGGCUUCCAAAUUGGUUGUGUGAAUGCCACUGCUAUAUUUCUGUAACAUCUGGAAAAGAAUAAAGUUAUACAUGUAUAUUGUUUGAGUUUUUUUUGUUUUUGUUUUGCUGUCCUGACUUUAACAAACAACAUA